AUGGCCACCUCGAGAGAGCUCUCCUCGAAGCUUAUCAGAGAUUAUGAUGAUGAUGAAGAAGUAUGGCUGACACACUAUUCAUCGAACCAUCAGAUACUUCUCGUGGGCGAAGGAGACUUCUCAUUCUCCUGCAGCUUAGCUUCCCGCUUCCGCUCUGCUUCCAAUAUCUGCGCUUCCUCCCUCGAUUCAUACGGUGAACUUGAUAUUGUUUUCUCCCGUGAAGUUUCUAUGACAAAGAGUUUAGUUAGGGUUUUGAUCUCACUUCCACCUUAUGCUUCAAAUGACAAGAAUCCAAAUUCAUUUGAAGAGUUGAAAGUUUAUGAUGUGGUUAGAAAGUACAGCAAGGCAAGAUCAAACCUUGCUACUCUCAAGAGACUUGGAGCUUCCCUCUUACAUGGUGUUGAUGCAACCAAACUCCACCUACACCCUCAUCUUAACUCCAGAAGAUUUGACCGUAUCAUCUUCAACUUCCCUCACGCCGGCUUCCACGGCAAAGAGACUGAUUCAAGACUUAUACAGUAA